CCAUAAUGCCUGUCAAAACAUCCUCGCACUCACUACUACUACUGACGAAACACUCGUAUCUCCUGACUGCUGCUGAAUGCGCACACGCCAAAUUGCUCCAGCCACGCUUGACCGCAAUCUUUAUUUUCCAACACAUUCGCCAUUACGCCACGCAGCAUCGUCCAGUUUCACUGCCCCACGCUUCCCAACCAUCACAUUCAGGCGCGGCAUCGCAUCUUCAAAGCACAACUCAUCUCGCUCUCCAGCAAUCAAUAGCAGGCGACGCUCCAACAGAUUCUAGUCAGGUCAUC